AGCCACUGUUGGAGUGUACUGCCACUUGAAGUAGUCCAUGAGCAGCAAGGAUUACUGCGUCAGCAUCCAAUGGAGCUUUCGAGUGGUGAGGUAUAACGAAGAGGUUGUCAAGUGUCUCCUGCAAGAGAACAGAAACACAAUCCGGCUUCCGCUUGUAGCAGGGAUUUUCACAUUCGGAUGUGGAACACGUUAGCUACUGACGAGAUGGAAGAUGGACUUCAGUCGGGAAUGAGACGAGCGGGAAUUGCUAAUCAUCUGCCUGUUUGAAAUGAACAUCACUGCGCAUUAACCGACAAAACAAUUACGGGAAUAGGCUUACAGUAAUUCUUUUCAUGUUGUGACAUUUGACAAUAUAAUUCGAGUGUGUUAAAUAUUAAUCGCGUAUUUCAGAAAUUACAGUUGUGGCUAACGGAAUUUAUAUAUAGUUUCGAAACUGUUCAAGGCCGGCCAUUUCGAGUGUGUUCUAUCGAAGCAAUGUGGCAAAGCGGUAUCGGUCGGUAAUACCGGGUUUACGUAGCGAUAUCGGGGUAUAAAACCGCGACGGGUUCAGUGACGUGUGCGCGCGCGUGUGUGUGUGUAUAGAUGUGAAAAUGACGAAACAGCUUCAUAGACUGGCGUCAAGACGAAGCGUCGCCGUCUCGACCACGGCGAUAGUUCUCCAUCUUCUGAUAAGCCUCCGACUUCUUCCUGAAGCAGAUGCUGUAUUCGAUCGCGGAGAGUGUCGGGCUGCGUUGGGUAUGGAAGAAGGACGAAUUCCGGACACCGCCAUCACAGCAAGUUCGUCGUACGAGGCCAAGUCCGUGGGCCCUCAGAAUGCUCGGAUACGACAAGAGAAGAAUGGCGGCGCUUGGUGCCCGAAGGCCCAGAUCAGCAGCGAAGUGCGUGAGUACCUGGAAGUUGACCUUAUGCGUCCUCACCUGAUAACGGUGACAGAGACGCAGGGCCGGUUCGGUAACGGCCAGGGGCGAGAGUUCGCGGAGCAGUUCCUGGUGGAGUACUGGCGAGACGCUCUGCAGCAGUGGACCGUCUACAAGGACGCGCGUGGACAGAAGGUCCUGGCUGGUAACACCAACACGUACCUAGUGAUGCGCCAGGAGCUGGAACUACCCUUUGUGGCCAAUAAGGUCCGCUUCAUCCCCUACAGCCUGCACACAAGGACGGUGUGCAUGAGGGUGGAACUCUACGGAUGUCCCUGGGAACAGAGCAUAGUAACGUAUUCAGCGCCUCGGGGAGAGGAGGAAUCGUCCCUGGAAGACCUGAGUUAUGAUGGAAGUUUGGACGGCGGCCACAUGCGAGGCGGUCUGGGACAACUUGUGGAUGGGCUGUUCGGUGACGACCAUAUACAGGAUCACACGCCAGAUAGCAGAUGGGUCGGGUGGCUUAACAGUUCGCUCGAAGGACAGCCCCUUGAGAUCACUUUUGAGUUCGACGGACCCCGGGAGUUCUCCGCAGUCCACCUGCACGCCAGUAACCUUCUCUCAAGAGACUCACAGGUAUUCAUGGAGGCCAGGGUGUUCUUCAGCUUGGAUGGGGAGCGGUACCAACAGACACCCCAGUACUUCAGCCUCGAUACAAGCGGAGAGGACGAAUGGGACCAUCACCCGAUACAGCUGAAGGACCGAGGGGGUGCUGCUCGCAACGUCACAAUUCCGCUCCAGAGCAGAGUGGGCCGUUUCGUUAGGCUAGAGCUGGACUUCGCCAGCAAAUGGAUAUUGCUCAGUGAAGUGUACUUCGAUUCUGCACCCAGUCUUAGCAACGUCACAGACGAGCAAUACUUCCUUCAACAGGACAGCGUGCAGGAGCCUUCAGGAAACCCGACCAAUCCUGGCGGAGAAACCACACGCGCUAGGAAGGAAAUUACCCCUGCGACAAGUGCCAGUAACAACCAUCAAGCCUACAUCGGCUUAAUCACGGGGGUACUAGCGAUGGUGGUACUCCUGCUGGCGUGCACUGUGGUACUCAUGGUGCGUCGAGGACGUAAGAAAGUGGCUCUACUACACAAACACACAGCCCUGGUGUCCAGCAGCACUAAACCGGGUGUCACCAUAAACAUGAAGGACCUCAAGAUGAACAUGGCCCUGUCUACUCCUAUCAUCAACAACGGUCUCUCUCGCUCCCGUGUUGCAGCUGCUAAGAAUAAGAAUAAAGUGUCUGGCAUGACAACACCAUCUGGUAAUGGGAAGGUGAACAACAUCUACGGGCACAUGGUUGUGGGCGAGGAGUCAGAGGAUAGUGAGAAUUCGUCAGUCUACCAUGAGCCUUACAAACUGCUGCCAUCCACAAAGCAGGAGUACGGAUGUCUGCUCAAGAAAGAUACUCUGUCCUCAAGCAAAAGUGGCGAAUACACUGAUUUCACGAGUGUGAACAGCUUCCAGGAGGAUGUGAAAUUUUCGUCCUCGUCAUUCUACAACCUGACGCCACCCCCACCUCCAACUUCUCGCCCCCCUCCGUACGAGGUGCAGAAUUUCCCCACCCCAACGAAAACCCCGCCAAGCAACACUCCAGUCGAGAACUACUAUGCUGCCACGGACAUUGUGAAGACGGAAAGGCGAGAACAGCAUUUCACACCCGGAAAGUUUACUCCAAUCAAGAUUCCCGAGGGUCCUCCUCGAGACGGAGUUGUUACCUCACUUCUAGAGUUCCCGCGACACCGACUUCGCCUGGUGGAGAAACUCGGCGAGGGAGGCAUCGGGAUGGUUCAUCUGUGCGAGGCAGAGGGAAUCCCCGAGUACAAUGGAGUGUCCUCUUUUCACAAGAAGCAACUUGUAGUAGUGAAGUCCCUCUGGCGUGGAUGUGGAGAAACAACGAGACAAGAAUUUCUCCGCGAAGUUAGCUGGUUGGCGAGCAUCAGGGACACGAAUUUGACACGUAUCAUUGGAAUCUGUGGCCAAGAAGAGCCUCUGUGUGUCAUUCAGGAACACUCGGACCUUGGCAACCUUCCACAAUUUCUGCAGCUCCAGAGCCUCGCUGCAGAGGAAGGCACUUCUACGCUCAGUUAUGGUUGCCUCAUUUUCCUGGCAACUCAGGUUGCCUCCGGGAUGAAGUACCUGGAAUCGCUGGAGCUGGUGCACAGGGACUUGGCAGCGAGAAACUGCGUGGUUGGCAAGAACUACUCUGUGAAGAUCUCUGACCACGCCAUGUACUGCGGCCGCUACGAAGCCGAUUAUUAUGUGAGUGAUACAAAGGCACGCCUGCCCAUCAGAUGGAUGGCUUGGGAGAGUCUUCUGCUAGGCAAACAGAGUACCAAGAGUGACGUGUGGUCGUUUGCUGUGACACUUUGGGAGAUUCUGAUGUUAUGCGGCCAGCAACCGUUCGCCGAACUGACUAACGAACAAGUUAUAGAGAACUGUAACCACUGGUACCAAAACGAUGGCCUGCAGCGGUACCUCUCGCGUCCCCCUGCAUGUCCUCGUGAGAUCUAUGACCUUAUGGGAGAGUGCUGGAAGAGACACGAAACGGAUCGUCCACGGUUCGGAGAGAUCCAUCUCUUCCUCCAGAGGAAGAACCUUGGUUAUGUUCCUGCCAAUGGCUAGGUAACUGAAGAACAGAAGUAAGUGACGGGUGUAUGGAAGUAUAUCACUUUGUUCAUAAAUAUCAAAAUAUCUUUGGGUCUUAUCGAAACGAAAGGCACUUCGAAGAUUCUGUGGUAGGAGUCCUCAUAACAGUGUCGUAAGAAAUAUCAAAGGCCCUCGGUAAUUUCUAUGCCUUUCAAAACAAAGGCAGAAUUGCGAAACCAUUGUCUUGUGGGACCAUUGGAAGAUGACAAUGUUAACGGCCUUCAAAACAGUUCUUCAAAUGGGAGUAGGAAAUGUCGGUUUUUUUUUGUGAAUGCAUUUCUUUCUGUCCUUGUUUUAUGGAGCAAAUAGAAGAAAAUGCAGACAAAGUAUAAAUUAUUUAUCCAAUUAAUUUUAAAAUGCACAUGAAAAAAUUCAAGGACUAGCUCAUCGUUUGUAGAAGUGGUCCACGUGUCACAUCGAAUACUUUAAAAUGAAAGGGUAUAAAUUACGUUUUAAAUCUUAAAAAUUGCGAAGAAGAUAUAAUAAGAUGCAAUCUAUAUGCCUGGUGUUACCACAUGUAUGUGCUCUGAUGUGAGAAAGUGGAAACCGACAUCAUAUUGAGAUUCGUGUGAUAUCACGGUCAGUUUAGUUCAGGGCGACAGAAGUGGUAAGAAAAACAAAGAUUGUUAUUUGGUUUCUAGCUGACUUUUUGCACAAACUGAGCAUUGAGUGGAAUUAAUAAUGCGUUAUUUCAGCUGUCUUCAUUACAAUAUUGAGAAAUCAGCCAGAAACCUAAUGAGUAUUUUUCACUUUUCAAUCUCCGGUGGUUAAUAAUUAAGUUUCUGGCGUAUUUCAUAGAAUGGAACCCAGGACACCCGUUGAAACGAGGUAAGACAGAGACAUUUGCAGCCUCUCUCAUUUUUUAAAAAGGUCAAAAUUAAAGAAAAGGAAGAAAUAUACCAGUUAUUAAUAAUAUCGCAUUGUAAGUAUUUAAAAAUAUUCUUGUAUUCUAAAUAAGUUGUCUCUCUCAGCAAAAACAGCCUUAAAUUUAAGUUCAGAAAGUAAAUUCUCUAACCUCCUCUUUCCUUGCCAAACCGGCUGCGUUCCUAAGAAAGAACCUUGGGGGUGUCCAUACAUGAAGCAGUGCUCUGGACUGAGAUGUCACAGUUAACCUCCACAUCAAGCAAAGAAGAUCACUGCAAAAUAUUCUGAUGGAAGGAACAGUUAAACUGGAGAAUGCUGAGUCGUUUAUUUUAGAUGUAGACUUCACUUGAACCUGUGCCAAUAGUUUUCUUCUCCAUCUCCUCAUACGUCAAAAUAAUCACAUGUUUAAUUUAAUAAUCUAUCGUGUUCUUCAUAGGAUAGUGAUGUUGAUGAAUAAGAUAUAACUAUUUUUCACGUCUCGUGUGAUCAUUCACUUUAGUGUCUUUCUCGCCGUGUGGGUGGGAUGCAACAUUUAUUGCCAAACCAGUCAGAAGUGUACACGGCGAAGUUGAACAAAGAAGUAAUAUACAAUAUGCGUUCUCUAUCACGAAUCUUAUGUGUGAUUGAUUGUGUGUGCACUGAAUUCAAAACUGAAUGAAUGAAUGAAUGAAUGAAUGAAAGUCACAUUUGUAUCAUCAUGAAGUAGUGAAUAGAGAAUAAUAUUCAAGUCUCCCAAUACUUCUGCACACACUUAAAUGUAAAUAUAUUACAGAAACGAGAAAUUUUAAUCAAUUCUUUUGCACUGAGUUUACUUUGCUUAUAUAUCCCUCUUUUUCUUAGAUAGUAAAUUAUGUGAAAUUUAGAAAUACAUAUAGCGAGGAUAUAAUCGCCAGGACAACACUGUACUGAGAAAAAUAACUUAGUUAUUAUAAAUGAAAUACAGUUAUAAAUUCCAGAAAAUUAAAAAUGGAAAUAGCUCAAUUUUAGGUGUACGACAUUUUGAUGGUUUCGUGUGAAAUUAUAGAUUAACAUUAUUAUAAAUAAGAAAUAAACUGAUUUGUCAGAGAUGGCUGAUAUAAGUUUCUAACGUGUUAAAUUUGGCCUAUUCUGUGCGUGAGUUUGGGUUGUAAUGUGGUACUUUCAAAGUGUAGUGUGUGUAUUUGUGUGUGUGUGUGUGUGUAUGGAUACAUGAAGUUACAAGUUAAACUUCUGUAAUAAAUUUCUAUCUUAGGAACAUAAAAACGUACUUUGUGGUGAACGUUUCAUGCUAAAGACAGGUUCAUCUCCACGAAUCAUUUCACAGUGAUGGUUGUGACAGUAUAGCAAGCGUAAACGGGUGACAGAAGUUUCGCGACAGGUCAACUGUUGUUCACUUGAAUGCUUUUUAUUUUCUUAAACUACUUUCAAAAGCGAACAUUCCAAUGAAUCAUAGCAUUGAAGAGUAAGUUCGCCAUCAGUUGUAAUAAAAGGGUAAGAGUCCUUAUACUAAAGUUACUUCCUAUGAACUUUUGUUACUAACAUUUAUCAUAUAUGUGUUUUGAUGGAAACUAAAUAAAACAACUUUAAAAGAAAAUGGUGUCUCGUGUAAAACUUAAAUAUUUUUCUGAAAUCAGAGAUUAUUACUUAACAGUGAUAAGUUAUUUAUGAGAACAGUUUAAAUAUUCUGUUGACAAUCUUCCUCAAUUGCGCACGCCUAGAUAUGUCUCUAUAUAAAGAAGUGAAAAAAUCUGAAUGCAGAAAGACAUUACAACAAUUACGAGAGUUCUGCGAAUAAUUAUCGUAACCUUUAUUAUUAUUCUUAUAUUUAUUAUUAUCUUAAGAUGUUGCCAUUGGAAUCCUAUUUCAGUGAUCAAUUAAUGUGAAACCUGUCAAGAGAUCCUCCUUCGAGGUCUAACGACAUUCCAUAUUCAGUGGCGACUCGUAGUAAUCCGUUUGCCCAUAUUAAUUUUAAUUUCGUGUAUUUAUGUCUGGUUUUGUGGUACUCAGUGGCAAGUUGUACAGAUAUAUUCAGUGGCUUUUGUAGUGUCUAAGGAAACGUUAAUCUCUGCCCUGCAGGUUCCUGUGAUUUUGAAAAUAACAUUCACUCGUACCACUGUACUUUGAGCAGUAAAUAAUAUAUAUAAGUAAUUUAUCCUCAUAAUAACGCAAUCUUCCGAUCUGUCUCUAGUUAAACUUUGAAACGCCAAAAUUAAUCAUUAUAUUUCUAUCGUUUUUGUUACAACACUCUUUAUUUGUCAACAGUGACUUAGAGCAGAUGUUAACAAGAUGGUAUCCCAGAUAAUUUUAAAUGGCGGAAAAUACUGGAAACCAGUAAGAGUAUAAUGAACCGGGAUACCUCAAUCGGACUAUGGGCAGGAGUGCCGGGGUUCAAUUCCAGGCAGAGGCAAGACAUUUUUCUCUACUCCACAGCAUCUAAACCGGCUCUGGGACUGAUCCGGCCUCUUACACAUUGGGUACUGCAAGCUCUUUCCCCGGGGUGAGAAUAGCAGGAGCUUCAAGCUCACCACUAAACUCCAUCUAGUGCCGACGACAAAAAUGAUGGAACCCUACCUCCAUUCCCCUAGUAAGUCUUCAUGAUGUAUAUUUAAUUAAGCACAGGGAUAACUUUACUUUAGUCACGAUGUAAAAUUAUGUGAAACAUUAGCAAUGUUUUCUCGUAAAUUUGUAUUUUAUUUAUUUGUCGCUGUACUGUGUCAGAAUAGAGACGCAACUAGGAAGGUAAAGCGGGGUAAGGAGUGAGCCUUGAAAUAUGCUCACAGAGCGAUGGAGUGGGGGGGACUGCGCCUACAAACAUCUCUAUUUUGACAGACUGUAGAAUGUUAAGACUUCUAUAGGUCUUCAACAACCGUGUUCAUAACAAAUUUCAUGGAGCUGAGCCCUUCUUGAGAAGCCCAUAUGUGUGCGCACCCACUCAA